AUGGGAAGAGGGAAAGUUGAGUUGAAGAGGAUAGAGAACAAGAUCAACAGGCAAGUUACUUUUGCAAAGAGAAGGAAUGGUUUGCUUAAGAAGGCUUAUGAGCUUUCUGUGCUUUGUGAUGCUGAGAUUGCUCUUCUCAUUUUCUCUAACCGUGGCAAGCUCUACGAGUUCUGCAGCAGCCCUAGUGGAAUGGCCAAGACGGUUGAGAAGUAUAGAAAACAUAGUUAUGCAACAAUGGAUCCAAAUCAAUCAGCUAAAGACUUGCAGGAGAAGUACCAAGACUACUUGAAUCUCAAAUCAAGAGUUGAGAUCCUUCAACAUUCACAAAGGCAUUUGCUAGGUGAAGAGAUAGCCGGGAUGGGAGUGGAUGAGCUCGAGCAGCUAGAACGUCAAGUAGAUGCAUCACUAAGGCAAAUAAGAUCAACAAAGGCACGGUCAAUGCUUGGUCAACUAUCUGACCUCAAAACAAAGGAGGAAAUGUUAUUGGAAACCAACAGAGAUCUUAAAAGAAAGUUGGAGGAAAGUGAUGCAGCCCUUAAUCAAUCACUAUGGGGAGCUUCUUCUUCUGCAGAACAUUCCCAACAACAACAAGGCACGACUUCUUAUCAUGCAAACCCUCCUAGUCAGGAAGUGGGUUUCUUUAGGCCUUUACAAGGCAACGUAGCAUUUCAGAUGAGUCAUUACAAUCCUGGUGUGACAAAUGCAAGCAACACUGCAACAACAUCACAGAAUGUUGUUAAUGGAUUCUUCCCUGGAUGGAUGGUCUGA